CGACACACCCACAGACAGACUCCAGUCUCUCGUAAAGAGCAGACGGUCUCACGUUUAUCAGACAUCACAAACCUCCGCGUUUAUACAUGAAUAUGAAGAUAUAGGAUUCCGAAACAAAAAAAUCGACUCUUCCGGUUUAUUUUUAUUGAAUAUUUAUUCCUAAAUAAUUUAGCUCAACGCCACCAAGGGCAGGUUAAGGAGAAUGUGUUUUGAUAUUUUUUAGUGUCGUAUUUUUUUUGCGAAUGGACGUCGAUUGUAUUAUGAGCUAGAUUCUGGAUGCAAAUCUCCAUGGGAAUUAAUUUGUUUAAAAUCCGCUGAUCUGAACGGCGCACAUCAUCAUCAUCACACACCCUAAUAGCAUCAUCAUCAUCUUCAUCAUCAGGCGUCACUCAGGAACCCGGCCGAGACCUAGAGGACAGAAGCAGGAUGGAUGGGAUCAGUCAGUGGCUCUGGAAGCAGGAGUACUGGCUUCCUCCGGGAGUGGUUUGGGAUGAUCUGGAUGAGAUUGAGGGAUCUGGUCGUCCUCUUCCGCGGGAUCUGCUCCUGGCUCUGCCUCUGGCGGUGGGCUUCAUCACGCUGCGCUACGCCUUCGAGAGACGAGUGGCGCUUCCUCUCAGCAGAGCUUUGGGAGUGAAAGAUCAGGUUCGUUUGAAAGUCCCUCCGGCCCCACAUUUAGAAGCUUUCUACACUAAAAACAGCAGACAGCCUACACAGAAUGAGAUCACCAGCCUGGUUAACCAGUGCAGCCUGACUCGUAGACAAGUUGAGAGCUGGUUCAGGAACCGCAGAAACCAGGACCGGCCCAGCAACAGUAAGAAGUUUUGUGAGGCCAGCUGGAGAUUUGUGUUCUACCUGAUUGCUUUCGCCGCGGGAUUUGCAUCUUUAAUUAACACGCCCUGGUUCUGGGAGCAGAGCGAGUGCUGGAGAGGAUAUCCUCAACAGCCGGUGCAGGACGUUCACUACUGGUACUACAUGCUUGAACUGGGCUUCUACUGGUCUCUGCUGCUCUGUGUGUCUGUGGACGUCAAACGAAAAGAUUUCAAAGAACAGAUCAUCCACCACUUUGCCACUAUUUUCUUGCUGGGUUUCUCGUAUUGCUCCAACUACAUUCGUGUCGGCACGCUGGUGAUGCUCGUCCACGACUCGUCAGAUUUCCUCCUCGAGUCUGCCAAGAUGUUCAACUAUGCCGGCUGGAAGAAGACGUGCGAUUCCUUGUUUGUGAUUUUUGCUGCUGUAUUCCUGGUUACACGCCUGAUUGUGUUUCCCAGCAAGAUCAUCUACACCACUCUUGUUUUGUCUAUGGAGGUGUUUGAGCCGUUUAUGGGAUAUUAUUUCUUCAAUGCGCUUCUGCUGGUGCUGCAGGCGCUGCACGUCUACUGGGCGUAUCUCAUCCUGAGGAUGAUCUACAAGUUCCUCUUCUUAGGCAAAGUAAGUCAGUCCAUCCAUCAUAUCUACACCCCCUUAACAGUGUUUAAUCACACUUAAACAUGUAUAGUCAAA